AUGCCCUCCAGAAUCGAUUUCACUGAGAUCAGUUUCAACUUUCCCAAGGACCACCCCCGUCUUUCAAGGAUGUGGAAAGUGCGAGACACUCUGUACCGCUCAAAGAUCACACAAAAGGUUAUCAACUUCAAGUAUGAAGGCAAGGAAGUUCCUCCUCUUGGAACAGUCAUCGACGAGGAUAACCCACCUCCCAACCCUUUUGAUUGCGAGGAUGAAGAAUGCGUGGAGUGCUUCCCACAGUUCUUCCCUGCUACAACAAUGAUCAGCAACUCCGUUGCUCAAGAGAAGAUGUCCUCUUUGACAGAGACCAUACAAGAGAACACAGCAUUCCUCCGCGGUGCGCUUGCUGCUCAUGCCGACUUCAUCGUCACCAGAUGGCGCAAGAAGUCGCGUGACAAGCGAUUUGCCUUCUUGGAGGAACACAGCGCUCUCUAUCCCAAGAAGUGGGCAGCUGUUCAUCUUCUCAAUGCGGUCAACUACCCUCAUAGCAAAGAAGAGCACGUCUACUGGGUUGGACCCGGUCGAGAUAUCAUCGCGAAGAACAUGCAAACUGGCGAGGUGAAGCGUGUUCGUAGGACNCCCCACCCCAGAGACCCCGAGGGAGUUAUCAACAGAUUUCGAGACACAUGGUUCUUGCCGUACCUUGACGCAGAGAUGUUGUCCGAAGACCCCAUGCUCCUUCUGGCGUUGCUGCACCACCGCACCUUUAACGAACCUGAGAAAUGGAUUACCUUUGACAGCUCCAAUGUCGUUCUCGCCGAAUGCUUUGGGCCCAUCGAUCAUGUAUUCAACGCUCAGUGUGUUGUUGUGCAAAGCCCCGAUUAUGGCAAGCUGGGCAAGUGGAAUGCUCAGCAGAUGCAUCGCAGAGAGAUCAUGGGUUUCACAAAGGCGUACUUUGUCUUCGCGGCUCAAUCUCGCAUGAUGGCAAUGUUGACUAGGCUUGUGUCAGGACUCUUGGCUGAGGCUAACGAACCACCCGUCUACGAGAUCCAUCCCAAGUGGUCACAGUUAAUCAGUACAGACUUCUCCAGGUUCGGCACUACCUCUGGCUGGUCCACUGACUCUGUUAAGCCUUUCUCCGCUCCACCUUCUUUCGAUCCCGUCGAAAUCAUGGAGCUUAUCGCCUCUCGCCAUCGCGCCGUCAGAGACGAGGUCGAACUCCUCCAGACAGGCCCUGCGUAUGUCCAGUUCCAUGCUCGUGAAUUAGCCUCAUCCCACUUCUUCGAGACCUGGUCCGGUUCUGACAGAUGGCCAUACUUCGUCGACCAGCUCUUCUGUAUUCCACUUCGCAGGGAGAUGUACUGGCGUCAAUUGAACAAUGAGAGCAAGCGUAUGGGAGAAUGGCUCAAGGCAGUUCAAGACUCUCCAUCCGACCCAGAAGCCAGAGCUGAGUUUGAACAUAUGCUCUAUACGGUCUGGGAUCUUUGCCUGGAAACUUUCGCCGUCUUUGAGAACAACGUCGAAUCAAGUCUUCUCUACCAGCGUGGCUUCGAGAAGAAUCUCGAUAUCCAAGGUGACGGGAAGGAUAACAAAUUCAAUCGCAAGUUUAGCUUGGACGAUUACUUCCCUAACGACAUGCUAUAUUGGGCUGUGAGUUCCUUGGGCUACGACAAGUACCGGUCUCUGAGCAUGGACCCCUCGCUCAACUUUGCCAUUAUCGAUCAUUUGUGUCGUAUCGACCGUAAGGAAGCAGCUCGUAUCAGCCAGAGCUUGCUUGUCCAGCUGAGCGACAUGGCUAUCUUGUUCGAAAUGAUGUCCUCUAUCAACUUGAGACCUUUCCGUGAUGUUCGUACUACCCGAAAGCAUGCAAAGAUACUCAUGCAAGAAGAACACCGCGAUGAGUUCAUCAAGAAGAUCAACGCACCUUUUGGAGACAAUGAAAUUGGCGAUAAGCUUGGAGAGUUCCUUGAGCGUGCUUGCACCCAGUAUCCUUGGCCUCGUGGAAGGAAAAGCGAGGAAUGGCUCCAGGAAGCUGACGCCUCUCAAAAGGCUUUGGACGUGUUUUGGUCCGAGAUGCGUAAUAUCUGGGCACGCAGGCUUCGUGAAGAGGGCGGAGUUGCUGAGCGCUAUGUAAGUACAUUGACAGUACAUCGUCUGUGUCUUGGAAGUUUCACUGAUUGUUGUCUCGCCAUANNGAUCAAGGAAGACCUCGAUGGGCUCAUGAGCUUCUCCCAAGGAGAGAAGCAUCUGGAAGAGCUAUUAGCCCAGAGAGAAUACGUCCUUCGCCAGAUUGCGCGUGCUAACAAGCAGACUAUCGAUGUCAACGCCACACCUCAGACUGUCUGGGGCGAGGACACUGGCAGUCCAUCCUCUAUCACACCUGUCUUCCGAAAGAACAGAACAAGGUCUCCACCAUCAUCUGGUCGAGGUACCGAGUCGCCUACGCCAGCUAUCGAGGCUCCAGUAGCUCCCUUGCCACAGCCCAAACCAGUCAGGAUCGCUAUCAAACGCGACAAUAUUGCCAUCUUUAAAGCCAUGUACCCAGAGAAUGGNGAAGACUCUGCCCGCAGCUUCGCCUGGCAACACUUCCUCGCUGCCAUGACCGAUGCUGGCUUCAGCAUUCUGCAGAGUCAAGGUAGUGCUGUCACUCUCAAGCUUGAGAAGAGUAAGGGUAUCAACACAAUCGUUGUUCAUCGUCCUCAUCCCGUUGCCACUAUCAACCCCAUCAUGUUGAGAAGCAUCGCCAAGAGAAUCACCAAAUGGUUCGGUUGGCACAGGGAAACCUUUGUCGAGCGCGAAGAAGUAGGAUGCAGUGGUGGACUGGAGAGAGUGAUCUUGUGUUAG